AUGUCGAGCAAUUCCCUGCCGUCAUCGCAUCUCUCCGACGUAUCGCAGACGAAUCCCACCGGCAAUGAUUCCACUUCGAACAUAUCAUCGCCGGCGUCAUCACGAGCCAAGCUCCAGAAAAGUCCUCCGAUUCCAAAUCGGUGGACUACUGCGAUAGAGGAAGAAGGCGAGCAAAGAAAUGAGGAGGCGGUACGUAAACUAGAACAGGCGCAAAUCGAAGAUGCUAGUGCUUCUAUUUUGCUUGCAUCGUCUUUAGGGCUCAAUCACAUCCGGACUCGCUCGGCUUCUUCGCCUCUUCGGUUUCCGUCCCUGGCCGAAGCGUCUCCCAGUUCGAGCAAGGAUUUUGUCGGAACUGACGAUCGGACCAACGUCAAAUCCAUUAUUUCAACGGAUCUUGGAAAGAGGAUAUAUGGGACUCAAUGUAAAUUGUCAAGAGCUCCUUCCCAUGCUGUUCCUCUCAUGCAGGGUAACGAUGAUACAUUUGCCAAAGAACUGCAGUCGCCGCGUGUUCAAGCAAUACUGCGUGUCACAAGUGGACGCAAGAAGAAACCCGUUGAUUUCUUCAAAAGCUACUCUCAUGAGCUCAACUCAAAAGGAUUCAGACCUUUUCCAGUUUGGAAAAAUCGUGCGUUGGGGCAUAUCGAGGAGGUCACGGUGGCCAUCAGAACUAAGUUUGGAAAGCUAAAGGAAGAAGUUGAUUCUGAAUUAAAUGCUUUUGCCGGAGAUUUGGUGGGACUCCUGGAAAAAAUUUCAGAAUCUCAUCCGGAAUGGAGAGAGAGCUUGGAGGAUCUGUUAAUUAUUGCCCAACAGUGUGCAAUGAUGUCGCCCAGCGAGUUUUGGAUGAACUGCGAAGCCAUUGUUCAGAAUUUAGAUGACAGACGUCAAGAGUUACCGAUGGGGAUUCUCAAACAAGCUCAUACACGCCUACUGUUUAUCCUCACUCGAUGCACACGUCUCGUGCAGUUCAACAAAGAGAACAUCUGUGAACAGGAUCACAUUCUGGGCCUCCACCAACUCAGUGAUCUUGGUAUAUAUAGAGAGCAAAUUUUGCAUGCUGUAGAACAUAAAUCCAUGGGUGGAAACGAUAUGGCUGAUGAGGAGCAGCUAAUAAAGCCCCAUGAAAAAGAACCAGACAAUCAGAUAUUAAAUCAAAUCCAAGUUGAUCAGCAUGUGAGUACUGCAACUGACACUGCCAGAAGUGGUGAUUCAACUGGAAGCAGCUAUAAGAUUUCAUCUUGGAAAAAGUUUCCAAGUCAUGAGAAGUCUAAACAUAAAGGUCACGAGGCCGAAGAUUUGUCUUCCAAGGAAGAACAGGAUCAGGUUCAAGUCAAAGAAGAAAAUGUCGAAAACGUGGAUACUGAUUCAUCCAAUCCUGAACAAUCAGAACUAUCCUCCAGAGCCCAAAAGCUACACUGGGGAUUCUGGGGAGAUCACCACAAUCUAACAUAUGAGAACUCAAUGAUCUGCAGAAUCUGUGAGGUUGAGAUACCAAUUGUAUAUGUGGAGGAGCACUCUCAAAUAUGUACUAUUGCUGAUAGAUGCGAUUUAAAAGGCCUUACAGUAAAUGAACGGCUUGAAAGAUUUGCUGAAACUAUUGAAAAGAUAGUAGAAUCGUGGACGCCUAGAAGCACACCUAAAAGCACCCCGAAAAGCACUGAUGGUCCUGGAGAAAACUUUGAGAAUGCGAGAGUAUCUACGUCAAGUUUGCAUGAUGAAUUCAACGACUUAUCUCUUGAGAGGAACAGCUUAUCUCGCAGGGGCUCACAAGACCUGCUUGAUUCUGUUCCUGAAGAUGACAGUGCUUUUGUUAAGGAUGAUAUGAGCCUUUUGCCAAAAAUGUCAUGUGAAACAUAUAUCAAACAUGAUCAAUGCUCAAAGAUGUCUUCGGUGGGAAGCUUGACACCAAGAUCACCGUUAUUAACCCCACGAACAAGCCAAAUAGAAAUGUUAUUAAGUGGGCGAAGAACAAUAUUGGAGCUUGAGAGUUAUUUCCAGAUUAUCAAACUAGUGGAAAUUGCUCGUUCUGUUGCAAAUGUGAAUGACUACAACUAUGUAAGUCGUCGCGUAGAAGAACUAAAUCUCACCAUUCAGGACAGAAAAGUCGAUGCUCUUAUUGUCGAAACUUUUGGGCGACGCAUAGAGACUCUCUUGUCGGAAAAAUAUCUAUCUCUUUGUCAUCAAAUAGACAACGAAAAGGUAGACUCAUCGAAUGGAUUGGCUGAAGAAGAGAGUUCAGUGGAAGAUGAUAAUGUUCGAAGCCUUCGUGCUAGCCCAAUUCAUCAUAGUUCUAGGGAUCGAACCUCCAUUGAAGACUUUGAAAUAAUAAGACCAAUAAGCCGAGGUGCAUUCGGACGAGUUUUCCUUGCCCGGAAAAGAGCAACGGGAGAUUUAUUUGCCAUAAAGGUUUUGAAAAAAGCCGAUAUGAUCCGUAAAAAUGCAGUUGAAAGUAUUUUGGCUGAGCGAGACAUCCUUAUAUCAGUCCGAAAUCCCUUUGUGGUUCGAUUUUUCUACUCUUUCACGUGUAGGGAAAACCUUUAUUUGGUUAUGGAAUUUUUAAAUGGUGGAGACCUUUAUUCUCUAUUGAGAAAUCUAGGUUGUUUAGAUGAAGAUAUGGCACGUGUAUAUAUUGCAGAAGUUGUGCUUGCAUUGGAAUAUUUGCAUUCCCUACAUGUAAUUCAUAGAGAUCUGAAGCCUGAUAACUUGUUAAUUGGUCAAGAUGGUCACAUCAAGUUGACAGAUUUUGGGCUCUCCAAGGUUGGUCUUAUUAACAGCACGGAUGACUUGUCAACUUCAUCAUUUUCUACUGAUGAUCUUGUAGGAAAUGAUGAACCGAAAAAAGAUCAUUCUUCAAAAGUGGAACAACGUCAAAAGCAGUCAGUUGUUGGCACCCCAGAUUAUUUGGCACCUGAAAUACUUCUCGGCAUGGGACAUGGUGCAACUGCAGAUUGGUGGUCUGUGGGAAUUAUACUUUAUGAGCUCCUUGUGGGUAUUCCACCAUUUAAUGCAGAACAUCCACAGGAAAUUUUUGACAAAAUAAUUAAUAGAGACAUACAGUGGCCAAAGGUGCCCGAGGAGAUGAGCUAUGAAGCAUAUGAUUUGAUUGACAAAUUACUCACUGAGAAUCCAGUCCAAAGAUUGGGAGCAACAGGAGCUGGUGAAGUUAAAAGUCACCCUUUCUUCAAGGAUAUUAAUUGGGAUACCCUAGCAAGACAGAAGGCUGCGUUCAUACCUUCAGCUGAAAAUCAUGACACGAGUUAUUUCAUGAGCCGCUACAUAUGGAACCCAGAGGAUGAACAUCUUACUGGAGGUAGCGAUUUUGAUGACCUGACCGAUUCUUGCUUCAGUGGUUCAGGCAGCGACUUUGUAGAUGAAGAUGGGGACGAAUGUGGUAGCUUAGCAGAUUUUAGCGGACCACCUACUGAAGUGCAGUACUCAUUUAGUAAUUUCUCCUUUAAGAACUUGUCUCAGUUAGCAUCUAUCAAUUAUGAUUUGGUGAUCAAGAACGCCAAAGAAUCAUCCGAUGACUCCAAGCCAUCUGCUCCGUGACAAAUCUGGAGGGUUGUAAGUUCCACCUUGCAACUUUCUGAUUUUUAGAACGGACUUCAAUCAGGUGAUUCCUCAGAGAAAAAAGAUGAAACGUUCUUUGAAAUCACAUACUAGGAGUGUACACUGGUCCGAACCACGUUCCAAUUUCUUGGUGUUACUCCCUGAAUAUAUGGGUCUCAUUUCAAAGGCAAUGUGACUGGUGUGGCUCAAGAAUUUACAUUUCUUGUUUGCUGCCACUCUUCGCUUCAGUAUAGGGAUUAGAGAUUGAAAGUUGAAACUGCGAGCAAAUCCUUUCUUUCACACACGCACAUAAAUUAGAUGUUCUUCUCUUAGCAACCUGGGGUUUAACAAUUUCUUUUGAUAAUACUUCGGAAAUAAAACAUUGAAUGUAUUAGGUCAGUAUAAAUGAGUGUGUACAUGUAGAUCAUUCAAACAAGAAAAUAAUUAUUCUUUGAGCAGUUCACUAUAAAAAUAAAUAGAAUUCAGGUUUC